UUACUUUUAUUUCUAACCAAAAAAUUUAAUUCAAACUAUAAUUAUGUUAGAUAGUUUAGAAAUUAUUUUAUGUAAAAGCGUGAGUGAUAAUAAUGAAAGUCAAGAAGAAUAUAUUCAAUAUUUACAAUCUGCUGGAUAUAGUUGUUAUGUUCUACCAACCUUAUGUUUUGAAUUUGUCAAUCUAGAAGAUUUACAGAACCGCUUAUCAAAGCCUUAUUUAUAUUCGGGUCUUAUUUUAACUAGUGCAAGAUCUGUCGAAGCUAUUAAAAAUGCUACUAAACAAAAUAUCCCUGACACAUGGAAAAAAUUACCUGCUUACUGUGUUGGACCAACAACGGAAUCUUUAGCAAGAAGCAAUUUAAAAUUAGAAGCUUGUGAAGGUUCACAUUGCGGCAACUCAAAAAAUCUUGCAGAAUAUAUUAUUAAACAACCAGAUGAAAAAACUGAUAAGCCUUUAUUAUAUCCUUGCAGUGUUAUUGCAAGAGAUACUUUAGAUAAAAUUUUAAUUAGUAAUAAUAUAAAACUAGAAAAAAUUAUUGUAUAUAAAACUCUACCAUCACAAACUCUGAGAAGUGAUUUAAAACGACUCAUUAAGCCUAUGAAUCAAAUAUUUGUGUUUUUUAGUCCAUCGACUGUGGAAUAUUUAUUAAAUGCAGCUAAAGAAAGUUCUAUUUCAUUAACAAGUAUAAAAUCGGUAGCUAUUGGACCAGUAACAGGAGAAGCAUUGACUGAAGCAGGACUUACAGUUUUUGCUAUUGCUGAAAAACCAGAACCUUGUGCGUUACUAGAAGCUGUAAAAAAAGUUGAAAUAAAAAUGAAUGACUGAAA